CCCCCCCUCACUCAUGUACUUCUACUGUGGUCGAUGUCUUCAUCUGAGGGAGUGAAUGGCUCUUGUGGUCCCGGAAGUUCCUACCAUUUGGGAUGCUGAGAAAUCCCAGGACGAGGAAUCAGUCCUCUUCUGCAUAAGUUGGGGUGAUGCAGGGCACAAUCAUUCGUCCGUUGUGCCUCGGUGUCUCGGGGAAAGCAAUGACGGGCGGGCAAGAUACUCACAGUGACACACAGAGCAAUCAGCACAAGGUGCUGCGAAUUGCGUUUCAUCAUCAACACGGCAUCCAACAUCAUGCCAGAGAUACGAACGAAUGAAUAGAAUUUCGGAUCAGGGUUUAAUUGCCUUCAUGCAUCUAUCCGAAGCCCCACUGGCCGUUUGCUACUCCCGAGUACAUCUAGGAGGAUCAUCACACUUGCUGCUACUAACGUCCGCCGCCAGUACCUGUCCUUCGCUGAAGCGGGGAAGCUUGGGCCGGCUCCUCAUGCUACAAGUGCACGUACGAGUGAUGUAGGGACGCUAAGGAGAUAGGGAUCGAUGAAGCGUGGGAAAAAGUCGUUUCAGCAGUUGUGUGAAAUGAUCUGGUUUGCGCCUGAAGUUCCUGCAUCAUUUCAGAUCGUAUCUCCAGCAGAGAAGAUCCGCUACAGAUCUUCUCGUCUCUUGCUGCAGCCGGUGCUUUUUUUUGUCCGCUACCAGACUCCGAGCGCUGGUGCGCCGGAGUAGUGAGAACUCAUUCCACUUGUGGAGGAAGUGUACACUAGAAUUUGUGUGCCGAAGACUGGUUCAAAGAUUUAUGUUAUUUCCAUACAGAUCCACAGACCUCGGAAAUGAUUCCGACUGCAUGAUUUGUAUGUACCCAAUCAAUCACUGGAGCUGCUUUCAAACGCAUGUACACCCUGCCGGGCUUCUGUGUCGGAGGAGGAAUCCCUCACUUUCCACUAGACUUCUGGAGAAAGCUGUCUGCUAUUCCGGCUGGGGUUGAACUGCUCCUCCACUGAACUUAUUUUGUCUGUUACGUUUGUUCCGAAGCGUCAUCAUCACAUACCGGGGCAAAUAUGUGAUCAGAUAGAUUCUCGUGAUUCCGAGGCAAACAUUUUCCAUCGUCGUCACGUCGGUCUCUAUCGGCGUGGCUUAGUAGUCCAGCUCGACUGAAGAAAAGAGAUUUUCUGUGCUUACAACGUUUGUCAUCUACACCCUGAGUCCGAUUCGAGGUGUCUGCAGAAAGAAUGUUGGACAGUGUUGCCGUGCCUCACUUCUAUCCUUGAUUGCACUGUCGUCACAACAUCCGAAUCAAGCUCGAGGACUUUCGGCAUGAUGAUGGAUGGAUCCAAAUGUACCCUUGAAGAUACAUAUGCAUGGAACGAUCGAAAGAGCUUCCAGAUUCGCCGGGUUGAGCACGGAGGAGGAGGAGGAGAUGGUGGGGAGAUUCUGGGUCCACCUUUACCCCGUCCAUGGUGGAAAUUCUUGCUGCCUGGAAAGAAAUCCUGCAACUUUGCAAAGUCUCGCUGCAGUAAAGAUCACGAAACCUUCAGUGCAUCGGGACUUCGUUCCACCUUUCCCUUCUUGCGAACUGUAACCUGCGACCUUUGUGUUUUCCCUCGUGCGUGCGAGGAAGAUCUGAGUCAUCGAGACCCAUGCUCUCUGGUAAACGAAAUGUAGCAGGAACCGCUGAAGGCUGAAAGAGCGUGCUAGCGCUGGCUUGCUCGCACCAGCUUGUGCUGGGACGUGGAGGACGUGCGAACUCUCCGGCAGCAGUGUCUCUUUUCUCGUCCAAAGUCAGGCUUACUUUAUUCCGAUGCCUUACCCAGAGCGUUGAAUAGACGAUUGCCAUGUGCUCAGAGUCGUCAUUCUCGGAUGGCUAAGCAUUACCUUCAAAUGGAUGAGGAUUCACCAACUAAUGUCAUAUCCUGGGAGAUAUAUCCUCGUUGACAUUCGAUCAGUCAACGGGAUCGGGCGUCAGCGUCAGCUGUUCCCGUUAAAGUCACGAUGGCACGUCUUCGAGCUCGUGUAAGGUCUGAUGUUCGACAGAUCAGAGUGGAGCAUAAUGUUAGCUGUAUAUGCCACCUCGAGCGGACUUGAAUCACUGUCAAGAGAUGGUCUUUCUUCCAGAAGAAAGUAAACUCAGGAAGUCUGCAUGCUCUCUGACAGUCUAAUGGAUCAGAAACGGAUUCACGGACGUGCGGAUUGUAUUCUACGCAGCAUACAGUGAUUGGAGAGGUCUGGUUGACAUCGUAUGAGCAGAUAGAUCCCUUCUCGUCAGCUUUGAUCGUGCUUUUACUGAGAGGGCAAUCAGAUCUUCGAACAAUUUUCAAACCAAAUUUUUUCUUGGUGUGGGUCCAAAGGCAUCCCAGUUUUGUGCUCUCGAGUGGGAAUUCUCUUUGAGCUCGUUGAGGCCUUGUUCCUCUCGAUUCACUUGCACGUACAUCGGUGCGCUCGUUUACGUAAAAACACAAUUGAACCCAUACAUCAACUCCAAAAGUAAAACAGUUGAUUUCAUUUCAAAUUCACACAAAAUUUACGCCUGAAUUUGUAUCGAGGAAAAUGUUUGUACAUGCACGGACAGACC